AUGUCUACAACUCAAGAUAUCACAAUCCCACGACCUGGGGCAGAAAUCUCUGGAUCUAUAACCUCGGUCCCAGGACCAUCCGAGGACUCCUUCACCAGCACAUUCGGACACCUGCUUCCUCCUGCCAACUAUCUCUCAACCGCUUGCGGCAAGAUUGCUUACUACACCUACACUCCCUCCAACCAACCCACAACUUUUCCUGAACGCGUCCUCUUUCUCCACGGUGUCCAAACUCCAGCAUUGGGAAUACAGCCCUUGGCUUCAACCCUACACACCUUAUUCCCUUGCUCUACAUUCGUACUCUGUGAUCUCUGGGGCCAUGGACUUUCCUCUACUCCUCUUGCGCCACAUACGCCUUCUUUAUUCCAUUCUCUGAUCGACUCUCUACUCAAACAUCUGGAUUGGGAGUCCUGUCAUCUCAUCGGCUACUCUUUCGGCGGCAGCACUGCAACAUCGUACAUUGCCUCUUCUGAGCAACGGGCAAAGAAAAUAAACAGUAUAUCACUAAUCGCACCAGCGGGUCUCUGGCGCGCCGAAUCCAUGGACGAGAACAAAUUAAACAGCACAGACUUUGAGACUGCCAAAACACACGUCCUGGAGCUGCUGGAAGGGGGACCCUUGGUAGUUCCUGACGACUGGCAAUCCCGCGUCUCCAAGGGCGAAAUCGUUGCCGAAAAAGUCAGAGAGUGGCAGAUGGAACAUCAUAUCGCCCACACGGCUUCUGUGAUCGCCAUCGUCAGGGAUGGAGGUGUUUUCGGACUCGAAGACACCUAUACGGCUGCAGUGAAGACGGAUGUGCCUAUGAUAGCAGUGCUCGGAGAAACCGACGAUGUGGUUUAUGAANAAGAUCUACGGGCAGCAGGAAUGGAUAACGUGGUUGUGGUGCCAGGAGCAGGACAUGCAGUGGUACGCCAAAAAGUCCCCGAGGUCGCGAGUCACAUUGAGACGUUUUGGAAAACGCUGCCGUGA